UUGUUUUCUCUUUUGAUAGGGAAAAUCAAAACAGAAAAGAGAAAGAAAGUAAAUGGAGGGAGCUAUGGAAAUGAAAGAAUCAAAGUUCAAGAGAAUCUGCGUGUUCUGCGGGAGUAGCCCCGGAAAGAAGAGCAGUUAUAAAGAAGCUGCUAUUGAGCUCGGCAGGGAAUUGGUAUCGAGAAACAUUGAUCUUGUUUAUGGAGGUGGAAGUAUCGGAUUAAUGGGUUUGAUUUCUCAAGCAGUUUUCGAUGGCGGCCGCCAUGUCAUUGGAGUGAUUCCUAAAACACUUAUGCCAAGAGAGAUCACUGGAGAAACAGUGGGGGAAGUAAAGGCAGUAGCAGACAUGCACCAAAGAAAAGCAGAGAUGGCUAGACAAUCUGAUGCCUUCAUCGCCUUACCCGGUGGCUAUGGAACUCUCGAAGAACUUCUUGAAGUCAUAACUUGGGCUCAACUUGGAAUCCACGACAAACCGGUGGGAUUGUUGAAUGUGAAUGGAUACUACAACUCAUUGUUGUCAUUCAUUGACAAAGCAGUGGAAGAAGGUUUCAUCAGUCCUAAUGCUCGCCAUAUCAUAGUCUCCGCUCCCACUGCAAAACAACUGGUCCAAAAUAUGGAGGAGUAUGAACCCAGGCACGAGAGAGUAGCUUCAAAACUAAAUUGGGAGACGGAACAGUUAAAUUAUCCAACAAAAUGUGAAAUUUCAAGAUAAGGCGAGAUGUUUGACAAAUGACAUAUUUCGGGAGAAGUAAUUUUAGGAAACCAAAAUUUUUCCUGAAAUAUAGAGAGUGAGAGGUAGGGAUUGUUAAUGUAUUUAAUUAUUUUCUGAUAAAACUAUAUAUACUCGAUUAACAUGUUUUGAAGUUGAAUUUUGAUUUA